UUAUUUUGGUAAGAUAGUAGUUUGUUAAAAAUUACAUCCAUUAUUCCACAAUGGACGAAGCUAACAAUGUAGCAGAUGCUUUGGAAGAACCCAUACAGUUCUCGAAAGGAAUAAACCUCAAAGAACUGUUGACUUCGAACACCGAGUUCUGCAUUGACCUGGAUUACAAGAAUACACAUAAAGCUAUGAAGGCCGACCCUCUUCUGAACGAUGACUUGUUUGGCGUGGACGAUGAUGAUGAAGACAGUGACAUCCUUAAGACUUUGGAGCAGACCGCAGAGUAUGGCAUGCUGUCCAGCCCGGAGUACCACUCGUUUGACGAGCUAGCGGCCAAGAUGACAGACUGCAUUCCAACCGGGGAAUGCAAGAUGUUAGUGUUAGAAGAAGGUGACCCAAAGAACCCUCUAGUACCUUAUGAUGCAGAGGUGACUAUCCACUACGCAGCAUACUGGGAGAAGGAGAAGAUACCCUUCGACUCGACGCUUACUAUGAACUUUGGGAAACCCCAGAAGCACCGCCUGGGCUCGGGGCGGCUGAUCCCGGGGCUGGAGGUAGCGCUGACGCUGGCGCGCGGGCCGGCGGCGCGGCUGCUCGUGCUGCUGGAGCCCCGGCUCGCGUGGGGGCUCCGGGGCGUGCCGCCGCGCAUCCGCCCCGAGCGGGCGCUCUUCCUCAUCACGCUGUACGACGUGCGGGACCGAGCCACGCCCGAACAAUUCAACAGCCUUCCGAAGGAAGAGCAGAAAAAGUACGAAAACAUAAUGAAGACGGUAGAAAGUUUGCACGCGGAAGCAAAAAAACUAUUUUCAAAGAAAAAAUAUAAACCGGCCCGUAACAACUACCAGCACUCCAUGUUGAUACUCAAUUCUGCCAACCCAGAAAAUGAGCUGCAAGCGGAAAAUAUUAAAAAGUAUAGAAUCAACACAUAUGUAAACUUAGCUAUGUGUUAUUACAAACUUAACAAACCUAACUACACCAUUUCGAUGCUAGAAAAUCUAGAUUAUGUGUCCGACGUCGAUAAGCACUGUAAAGCGUUAUAUUACUACGGAAAAGCGUAUCAGUUGUUAGGAAACAACGAGGAAGCGUUGAAAUAUUACAAGAAAGCUUUAACACUGGAGCCAAGAAACAAGGAUAUUGGUAAAACGCUGGCCGAAUUGGACGAGUAUCUGAAAAAGACGGCGGUGAAAGAAAAAGAGCUGUGGCAGAACGCCUUCCAGUCGACUCCGUCAAAAAAAGAAAAAAUUGUCUAUGGCGUGGAAGAGGAAUUCGAAGAUAACGUACGAAAAAUGUGCCAAGAUCUGACGGGGAGACAGGAAUAUGCCAAAUUUGAUUUACCCAAAAGUCUUUCUAGAGAUGAAAUUUUGUGUAUAAAGUCUUUGAUCAUGGAUUUUGAAGGGCUAGUUCUAGAAGAGAAAGGCGAAGGUAGAAGGAAAAAAAUGUCUAUUAUUAGGAAGUUAUUGUAAAGAUA